GCAGCCUUUCAAGUGGUGUAUCUUGAUAUCUAUAAUUUCGAAAGGGAUUCAUCGUAUCGUAUGGAGAGAGGGGAGAAAAAUUAUAUCGAGUGAGGGCCUCGUUUCUCUCCAUCAUCGAAGUCUCAUCGAUCUCUUCCUCUCUUUUUCCUCCUUUAUCAGCUCCUUCGAGAAAUGAAUAAGACUGUGUUCAAAUUGGACCUGCACGAUGACAAGGCCAAAGGAAAGGCCAUGAAGGAUGUCUGUGGCUUUGAAGAGAUCGAUUUCAUUGGGAUGGACAUGAAAGAGAAAAAGAUGACGGUGAUCGGAUCCGUCAAUCCUCUGAAGGUUUUGAUCAAACUCAGAAAAUUCUGGCCCGCCGAUAUAGUUUCCCUGGGGCCGGUGAAGGCGGAGGAGGCCAAGAAGGAAGAGACGAACGAGCCUCAACAACAAAUGGGAGCAGCGUCAGUCAACCCGUACGCAGCCUACAAUCUGGAGAGGAUAGAAGAGAAUCCAAAUCCUUGUGCCAUCAUGUAAUCAUUAGACGGCAACAGGAGAAGAUUCCAUGGCAAUUGAUGUCCUGAAGAAUCCUUGACAUGAAGUUAGCAUAGGGUUGAGAAGAGUGACAGCGAGUGAAACAAGAAUGCAUUGCUUGCAAGUUUCACCAUGAGAAGUGCGUCGGCCGUGGAAAGAUAUCCUGCGACAUCUCCAACAUGAGCAUUUACAAAGGACUGUACUCUCAACGAAUCAAACCUUAAGUGCUUGCCAUCAAAAUCUAAAAAUACCAUGGAUCGAUGCGAUAAGAUGAUCUCGAAUCUACUCUACGUUGAUGCUUCCUUUGUGUGUGGU